CCACAAUGGGGGUGCGCAAAUCGGGCAUGGGGGGGGACUUCACUAAAUAGGCUUCAAAGUCUCCUCGAACGCACGGUGUUCUGCAGCAUCCUGUGGUGCUAUGUUGGGUGAGUGGGUGACAUGCUCCCCCCCGGCCCCCGCCGCACUUGUCCACCGAGCAGCAGGACUGCAGCAGAAGAGGAACGACGCUUCACGCGAGCAUUUCAACUAUGCAAGUUGGGUGAGUUGCAGUGAGCCGCGCCGGACAUGUGAAGCCUGCUAUGGAGGAGCCGUUCGGUCAAAAUGAGCGUGAGCACUGACAAUGUCACGACUUUAUGGCGAAAUGAGAGCUCCGGGGGCAACCACACAGAGCCCGCCGAAGUGGAGCUCAGCCGGGCCAUCCCGCUCGGCUUGGUGCUUGGGGCUUUCAUCGUGUUCGCCAUCGCGGGCAACAUCCUCGUCAUCCUCUCGGUGGUGUGCAACAGGCACCUGCGCACCCCGACCAACUACUUCAUCAUCAACUUGGCGAUUGCCGACCUGCUGCUGGGCACCACGGUGCUGCCGGUGUCGGCCACCCUGGAGAUCCUCGACUGCUGGGUGUUCGGGAGGAUCUUUUGUGACAUUUGGGCGGCGGUGGACGUGCUGUGUUGCACCGCGUCCAUCAUGAGCCUGUGCGUCAUCUCCAUCGACCGCUACAUCGGCGUGAGUCACCCGCUACAGUACCCGGGCAUCGUGACGGAAAAGCGGGCACUGCUGGCCAUGCUCGGGGUGUGGGUGUUGUCCCUGGUCAUCUCCAUCGGACCCCUGCUCGGCUGGAAGCAGCCGCCUUCGCCGGACGACACCGUGUGCCUCAUCACCGAAGAGCCCUUUUACGCGCUGUUCUCCUCCCUCGGCUCCUUCUACAUUCCUCUGGUGGUCAUUCUGGCCAUGUACUGCCGGGUGUAUAUCGUGGCCAAACGCACCACCAAGAACUUGGAGGCCGGGGUCAUGCGCGAAAGGAUGAACUCCGGCGAGCUCACCUUGAGGGUCCACAAGGGCUCUCAGGUGCACGACGAGCCGGCAGCUUGCGUCGGCAAGGGCCGCGGACAUCAAGCCAGAAGCUCCCUCGCGGUCAAACUGCUCAAGUUCUCUCGGGAGAAGAAGGCGGCCAAAACUCUGGGAGUUGUGGUGGGCAUGUUUACACUUUGUUGGCUGCCCUUUUUCCUCGCCCUCCCUAUAGGCUCUUUCAAUGUGAACCUGCGCCCACCUGACGUCCUCUUCAAGGUGAUCUUCUGGUUGGGCUACUUCAACAGCUGCCUAAAUCCCAUCAUCUACCCUUGCUAUAGCCGUGAGUUCAAAGUGGCCUUCAUUCGCAUCCUGCGGUGCCAGUGUCAUCAGCGCAAACGUCCCAGGUGGACUUCAUAUAAUUACCGUUCCUCAACAUUCAGCUCCUCCGGACAUUCACGCAAAGGCUCCAAUGAUCAACCCCCCGGCUGCUUGAACGGCAGUCAGCGUACUUUGCCGUCCUCGGCCAGCCCGAGCCCCAGCUACCUCAGCAAGGGUCUACCAUCGUGUCCCGAGGGCGAGGCAUUGUACACCUGGACUCCAACUCCCUCUCCCAACAUACUGCCUGGCAGCAACACAGAUCGCCAGCAAGGUUGUCUCAUCACAGCUGUUAAGGGAGGAGAAGUCGGGGAAGAGCCGACUAUUGGAGUUUUUUCUUUCUCCUUUGGUAAGGACAAAGAUAAGGGAGGAGUUGCAAAAGAUCGUACGGUGCCAUCUUACGAUGUGUGACUGCAUCCACUAUAGAUGAUGUUUAUUUAUCUGUCUUUGAAAGGGAAUGGUUCUCUCUGGCCUACACAAAAUGUUCUAGCGCCUGCGAUUUGUUUACUCUAUAAUUGGGGAGUAUUGACACAAUCAAGGACACGAGACAAGAGAGGAGGCUCGAGAAAAUUAAAAAAUAAUCGGUUACAAGUUCCACUUCUUAUUUGUAAAGCAUGAAUGUGACUUGACCGAUGUACAGUAAAAUGUGGAGAAAUGUAUUCAUUUCAGGCUUUUGAUUUGUUCAUGUAAUGUUGUGGAGUUAAAAUAUAACAUGGUUUGUGCAA